AGCGUCAAGCCGUGCGCUACAAUACAAGUAAUAUAUGAAAUAGCAGGCAGGCGUGUAAAGUCGUGCGUCUACAUCAGCAGAGGCUUCGAGUGAACUGUAUAGAGAGAGAGAACAUCAGAUGCAAUUUUGAAAGUAGGUUACAAAACCCCUCAAGCAAUAAGGAUCUUGUGAUUCUUGCCCAAAAUACCCAAUCAUAAAAACACGCCCUUUCCUCUGGCUUUCUGGAGACGUGGCGCAGUGGGGGAUGCUGUGCUUUCGUAAGGCUGGCAAAGACCACAUGAUACUUAAACACAGGAGACUGAAGGUGAUGGAGGGUAUGCCGGUGAGCAUGGGUGGCUUGCGGACGCUGCCGUGGUAUGUGGCGGGCUCUCAGGUGCUGGGGGUGGCAUGUGUGGUGAUCACAGGCGUGUGGAUGGGACAUUACCGCGGAGGCUACGCCUGGGACGGCUCCACACAAGAGUUUAACGUCCACCCUCUCUGUAUGGUCCUCGGCCUUGUCUUCCUCUAUGGAGAUGCUGUUCUGGUUUAUCGUGUCUUUAGAAACGAGACUAAACGCUCAGUGAAAAUUCUCCACGCUCUGCUGCAUAUGAUGGCUCUUAUCAUCAGUAUUGUGGGUCUGGUGGCUGUAUUUGACUUCCAUUCGGCAGCUAAGAUCCCUCAUAUGUAUUCUCUGCACAGCUGGUGUGGCAUGCUCACUUUUGUGCUGUUUUUCAUACAGUGGUUACUGGGACUGGGAUUUUUCCUUUUCCCAUGGGCCUCUGCUCAGUUGAGGAGCUGGUAUCUCCCGCUGCACGUCUUCUUCGGCCUGUUGCUGCUGGUCAUGUCCGUGGGAUCCUGUCUGCUGGGAAUCACAGAGAAACUGCUCUUCAGUAUCAUGGAAACUUACUCCAGGUUUACUGGUGAGGGGGUCCUGGCAAACAUUUUAGGCUUGUUGCUGGUGUGCUUUGGGGUCGUGGUGGGUUACGUGGUGACGAGUGAUGACUUUAGGCGACCACCGAAUCCCGAGGAGGAGGCUCUAUCUGUGCACUUUAAGACCCUGUCGGAAGGAGAAAUCCCCAGUUCUCCUUAAUGUCUUAAUACACUCCAAAAAUGGCCUUUCUGCCUUCCUACCUGUGUCCUAGCAAACCUGUCAGCCACUUCCUCCUUUUGCAGUCUUCUCGUUUUGUAUUCCCCCAUACUUAACAUUAAUGUUACUAAGCAACAGACAGUAAUUAAAUGUUAUAUAUAUUUUUAAAGUAACUUCUAAUUGUGCCAAACCAAAUUAGCAUGAAAAAAAUAAAAGAGUUGUAUAUACGGUGUCUUUAAAUGUAUUAGAUUCAGGAUGUACUUUCUUGUGCCUUAACAUUUAUUUGUACCAGACUGUAAUGAAAAACUAAAAUACUCUACAAUGAUAAUUAUAAUUGUUUAAAAUCAAAGAGCACAGCACUACAUCAGUGAAUGUUUAUUCUCCAAAUUUGCAAUGCAGGAUUUUCAACAUUUGUUUUAUAUUACAGACUAAUCUUAUCAUUAUAUGCAGAAACCUGCUUUAUGCUGUUUUUAUAUGAAAAUAUGUUACAGCUCUGCCUGCACAAAUUACUGAAAAAUACUUGAAAAUAAUGUUGGAUUGUUAAGACCAAAAUCUCUAAUAUCCAAGAUCUGAAAAGAAAGAAAAAAAAAAUCUUUACAUUAUUUAAAUGAAAAAAAGUCUUACUUGUUAUCCAAACAUUAUCCAUCCCAUGUGCUGGUUAUUAAAAUCAGCUUGAAGAGGAGAGAUACGGUUUUACACUGUUUUGUGUGUGUAUACUGUAAACACACACAAAUUCUGUAUUUCCAUCUGAAAGAGUAUGUAUAAAUUAUCUGUAGGUGCCCUUGUACUGUAAUUUUGUGUUGGCAUGUUUGUAUUGUGUAGUGGCAAUAUUUUUACCAUGUUUACCAUAUCAGUAAGUAAUGUUCAUAAUGCUUGCUUUAUAUGUUCAAUGUGAUUUUAAGCUAAAUAAAUUCAUGAGAAAUAUGACUCAAUGAAGUUUGACUCAAUGGAAAGUUAUUUCAGCUUGAUUUCUUUGAAGUGUUUUUUUUUUUUUUUUAAAUAAGUUCAUUAUUUCCCUCAUACAUACAGAUGAUUGUACAGUUUACAAUCGUGUAACUGGAUAAAAAGUCCUCAUUCACGUUUCUGAUUUUCCACCCCAGAAAACAUCACAGCUCACAUUUACAGACAAUUUACAGAGAAUCCUCCUUUGCAAACCCAGUUCUAAACAAAAUCAAAAUAUUAAAGCAAAAUAUAUACAAAACCUCAAUUUCAUCUGCUCUUUUUUUUUUGUCUAAUAAGGGAAACAAGGAAAUAUAUUGUGCCACAGUCUUUUCCCUCAUACAUAAAACCACACAUACACACACUCAGGUUUGUGUAUUAGCAGAGAGCAUGCGUUCUAGUUCAGCACAUUAUUUACAGCCAUUUACAUUUUGGUCAUACAAAAGGAAAACAAAUAGUUAAAUACAAACACUGUUGUACAGUAAGCAGUAUUCCAGGUCAACUCUGAGUGCACCUCAUAUAACUUUAAAAUGAGAAAAUAAUAAUAAUUAAAACACUGCAAAAAUACCUGCUCUUUUUCAACAGCAGUUGAACAUUGAUUAGUAAAGUCAUAUCCAGUGAGUGAAUCUGACAUGUCACCAUCUUCCCACCAAGACAUCUGUAAAAAAGUGCCUGACCUACCAAUAGUGUUAGUUCAAUGGCGAUACAUGACACAGGCUUUGACAUCAAGUCAGGUUUCCCAUAUUUGAAAGCAAGUACUCACAGUUUAAAACAAACAGGGAAAAUGUUCUGAAGGCAUGUUUCAGUGCCCAAAUAAACUCUCAAAACAUAAUGAAUGAGAGCAUGUGAAUUCAGAGGCUGCAAAAAAAAAAGUUUUCCCCACACCUACCCAUGAGAAAAGUUUCUUUGGAAAAGACAAUUUCCGUUUUAGUGGUGUGACUACUUUAGAGCGAGUAAAUUAACAGCUGACCACCUGAAUGCUACUUCCCUUGAGCAGAUAUGAAAUUAUUAACCAAACACUACAGAUAUUUGCAUUGCGUUAAAGGUAGCGAUCCUGUUGA